CGGUCAGGACCAAAGACCUGCUGUUCGGUGUUAAAAAUCUCCUCACGGCCUUACUAAUUGGCUUCGAACGGGAACUUUUCAAAAUGGGGUAUGAUUGUUUAGGUUCUACCGGCUAUUACAUACCACCAAAGAUGGCUGCCAAAACAAAUGAUCCAGCACAAAGGUGGAGAAAUGAGGAAAAUCCGGACGAGGCCGCAGAGUUAAUGGCAGAAGGUUCAGCAGUAACUGUGAUGGUCGUUUUAGAGCCAGAAGUUCAUGCCUCGCCUUCCAAGCUCAGCAAAAAGGAGAGAAGACUUUUCAAGCGUGAAGUCUUCCAAGAAUAUGUGGCCGAGACGUUGGAAAAGUCUGUACACUCCAAAUCGGCACAGAGAAGAGCGAAACGGAGACAAAAAGAACGACUCGCAGCGGAUAUGUCCGAGAUGGAGCAAGUGUUACAGACUGUUAUUCAGGACCAGCCGAUUGUCACUUCUGCCGCGCAGCAGGAUGAUACGGAGAAAGGCGCGGCAACAAUGCCCACUGCACAAAAGCGUCCGACAGAUAGGGAUGAGAAUGGGCAGAUUGGAGAGAGUACGAGGGCAAAACCCUUGACGAAACAACAAAAGAAGCGGGCAUUGUACGUACCUCGAGACCUCUGCUGUUUGCCGAUUUUGAUUCACGUUUUUAUGAUAGGGCGAUGGAGCAAAAGAGGCUACCUCUGA